AUGUCGACCACCAAGCCCACGAAGCAAUCUGGGUCGAGUAAAGCCACCAAGCAGAAAGGUGACAAGGACGUAGAAAGUGCAUCAGCCGACCAAACUCCAGAGGAAAAGAAGAAAGAAAUCUGCGAGAAACUGGAAAGCUACUGCCGCGUCUACUGGACCAACAUCAAUAAACGAGAAUGGAAUCUCGACGAGUGGGUCCACAUGGCUCCGAUAUUCACAGCUGACCCAGCCGUCGGCACACUUCCUCAAUUGCAGACUUUGGCCGAUUUUGUUGAGAGCAGAAGACUUCUGGCGCUGGAACACCCAACCUACAGCGUGCGAGAAGUGGAGUUGAGCACGGAGCUGGAUGAACCGAAUGGGCGAGCGGAAUGCUUUUUGGGAUUGGAAGUUUCGGGUGCACCGGAGGGUGUGGUGAGGCAGAAUAUGGGAAUCUUGGAAUUUAUGCGGGAGGAUAAAUUGGCUAUCAAAAUGGGCAUGACGGCUCCACCUGGGGAGGAAGUGCCUGCGGAAGAGUGGCAUUGUGUGGCGUAUAGGAGUUUCAGAGGGCUGGGUGGGAUCAUGGCUGCGGAUUCUUGA